UCUCUAGGACUCUACUGUGCGUAUGGUCGGAAACCAUUUAAUUAUCCCUGGUGGAACGAGAACCAUUGAUGCUACAGGGAAGUAUAUUAUGCCUGGAGGUAUUGAUCUAAACGUACAUCUACAGAGACCAGGAUUUAAUACACAGACUAUAGAUGAUUUCUACCAGGGAACUAAAGCAGCGCUGUCUGGUGGAACAACUAUGGUGGUGGACAAGGUGGUCCCGGACAAAGGAGAGACCGCCAAGGAGGCCUUUGUCAAGUGGAGGAAGUGGGCCGAUGAUAAGGUAGGAGUACGUCCGAGCCGCGGUGUUGGAUGGUUAACUAAAUACUUAAAAAAAUAA